AUGAUGGACGACGAAGCCCAUGACGAACGACUGCGGAUGCGCACCUUGGCCCGUUAUUUUCUUCCUGCCCAAAUCACUGCCGACACGCUUCGAGCAAUCAGCGGUGAGCCUGUGCCACCGACCUUGUCGCAAGACACGCACCUCACUGCCCUCGCCCAGCUCGGUCCCCUCAAGUUGCAGUGUGACCGCGCCUUCAUCUCGCUACUUAGCACGUCUACCCAAUUCAUCAUCGCCGAAGCCACAAGAUCCAUUUCGUUGAAACAAUCGUCACGCCAUCGAGGCCGACAAGACGCUUUGUUCUUGGGCGUGCAAGCCUUGCACAAGAGCUAUGGAGUCUGUCCAAACACCGUAGACAUCUUUACAAACCGCUCUGGGACGCUGGCUUCGAACACAUCCGACAUCGUCGCCAAUACCGACCGUUAUGUUAUACGAGACUUUCGCAACCUAGACUUGUUCAAAGACCGUCCAUAUGUCGUUGGCUUUCCACACAUGCGAUCUUAUGCGGAAGUGCCGCUGAAGAGCUCCAAUGGUCGCGUCAUCGGCAGUUACUGUAUCGUUGAUUCUGAAGUGCGCCACGACUUCUUUGAUGAUGAUCUUAUGUCUACCUUGCAAGAGAUCGCAGAGGCCAUCGUCGGCUAUCUUGAUUCCGUCGCUAUCCAGCAUGCUCACGCGCGCGGGGAGCGCCUGAUGCAAGGCUUGUCUAUGUUCGCUGCGGGGCAGUCCAUCAUUGCGUUAGAGACGCAGUCAUGCAGAGAGCGACGUAUCUGGUCACGUUCAAAGUUCAAUGUAAUUGAUGAUAUUGCGCCAGACCUGUGGCCCUCAGCUUCUACGAUCCAGUCCGCGCGUCAUACGUCAACCACAUCGACAGAUGGAACGAGCAAUGACGAUCCCACGCUUGAAAGCACGCUGUCGCGGGACAGAGUGCCAUCGACCUCGCUUGGAGUUCUUGAUCGAGACUUUUCAUCACUGGAUUCUGCUUCCAUACCUUCCAAAUCACAAUCUCAAACGAGCUCGUCCACAUCCGUGAAACAGCAUGAGAAUAUAUUUUCCCGUGCCGCGGCUGUAAUACAAGUCGCCUUGGACAUCGAUGGCUUGGUUUUCGUGGGUCCUGGCGCCCAGGUGACGAGUAACAUGCGGAACUCGAACUUUGAACCCAUCUGCCAGGUCCUUGGAAAAUCUCUCACACCGGAACAAUCGACUGAAAAGUUCGAGACGCUGGGGCUAUCAUCCCUCAUGAGUCUCGCCAGUGCCUUCCCUCAUGGACAAAUCUUCUCAGUCGAUGAGUACGGUGUCUAUCCUUCCGAUAGCGACGCACAUCAUGUCGACAGCACGUACGUAGAUUCGGCUCGUUCUAUGCCAUUUUCUUUCCCUUCAGAAGUACUGGAAGCUUUACCUCAUGCCAGAUACGUUCUUUUCUUGCCUCUUCAAGACAUAACCAGCAACAGUCUCUUUGCCGGUCUUAUUGGAUGGACUGCGGAUCCCAUACAACACAUUGUACACGACGAUCUGAUCAGCCUGAGGGCUUUUGGAAAUGCGGUCAUGACCGAAGUAGCCCGGUCGGAAGCCGACUAUGUUUCGCACGCAAAGUCGAAUUUCAUCUCGUCAAUCAGUCAUGAACUGAGGUCCCCACUUCACGGCGUCCUUGCAUCCGUGGAACUUCUCGAAGACAGUUCUAUUCAGGAGUCAGCGAAAGACGUCGUCCGCAUGAUUGAGAAAUGUGGGACCACUCUUCUUGACACUCUAAAUCACCUGCUUGAAUAUGCCCAAAUCAAUCGCUUCAACGGGUCACAAAGCGAGAUUCAUGAGUCGCCUCUCUCUAACAAGGGCACAGCUAUGGCGAGUGCCCAUGGUGAGACCUCGGUAGCCGCCCUCGAUGAGCUUGUCACCGAUGUGACUGAGAGCGUGCAUUGGGGUAUGCGAUCUAUGCGGGCCCCCAAGUCGGCGAUUGAGACCGGCGAGAAAGCUUUAGGAGUACACAUCAACAUCCAGCAUCAUCCUGAAUGGCGUAUGCCUCUUCGAGUUGGAGCCUGGAAACGCAUGGUCCAGAAUCUCGUUGCUAAUUCCAUCAAGUUCACCACAAGUGGAUACGUUGAGGUUAUGCUCUCAAUUGUACGAAGACAAGGCUUGACCGAUAUUGCACAGGAUCACGUAUGUCUAGUUGUGAGCGACUCGGGCGUUGGCAUGAGCCGCGACUACUUGGACCGAAGACUGUUCACACCUUUUGUCCAAGAAGACUCUACAAAGUCAGGCACAGGUCUAGGUAUGAGUCUGGUCAAACAAAUCUGUGAUGAUUUUGAAGGCACCAUCAGUGUGGAGAGUAUUUUGGGACUUGGUACACGAACGGAGAUCUGCAUUCCGCUGUUGAAAAACGUUGAUGAAUUCAUGCCUGAUCGCAUUCUACCACCAAACUUUCUUGACCCUGAUGGCUCACUUCAGGGGAGAAGCUUAUGCUUUGUAACACCAUCACAUCCUGACAUGACGGACAUCAAGUCUGGGAUCAGAGGAAAUCAACUCGAAUCUCUCUCUCACCUGCUAUCCGACGGCGCUAAAGACUGGCUGGGCAUGAGAUUCUUCACAUCUUCGACACUGGAUCAGACUCAUGCUGACUUCUACGUCUUUUGCGACAUGUUCCAAGGUCGUCCCUCUGACCAGACGACUACUCAUCAACUCGCGGCAAGCAAUAAACGUAUCAUCUGCAUUGGACUUGCAGAGAUGGAUCCUAUUGGACUGAGCCAAGUCACGACACUCGCCUAUCCGAUCAGUCCACGAUCUUUGAGUAAGGCAUUACUAGCAUCCCUGCACACACGAGAUGAGCAAGUUCCAGCAGCACUAUCUCUCUCGAAUCCUUCUAGCCCGCCUCGAACACCAAACUUGUCUCUCACCAGCGAUGCCGUUCCAUUGAAGCAAAACCACCAGCCAAAGCAAACGACCAUGACAUCAAGGACCCACGACAAGCAGCCAGAUCUAGCUCAGAAGGACCGUCUCAGACACGUCCUCGCAGUCGACGACAAUGCAAUAAACCUCGCCAUCCUCCAGAAAUAUCUCAGAAAACUAGAUUGUAUGGUAGUCUCCGCAACAAAUGGUCUAGAAGCAGUCGAAGCCUACAAGGCCGCAACACAGGCCUUUGAUGUUGUUUACAUGGACAUCACCAUGCCUGUCAUGGAUGGCUUUGAAGCUUCCCGCAAGAUUCGGGAAUUCGAACAAGAAACUACGGGACGGCGGGCUGCACAUAUCAUCGCAUUGACGGGAUUGGGGUCCGAGCAAUCGAGGCAAGAGGCUGCGGCUAGUGGGAUUAAUGAAUUUUAUACCAAACCAGUGAAACUCGAACGUCUUCGAAGCGUCCUAGAUCGGAUCACGAGCAUGGAUCAACAGCGAUGA